GAUCAGGACACACAGUAUUGAUACGUUUUGGAUUGGCCUGGAUACAUUUUCAUCACGCCAACCGUCUCACCUGCUGCUAAGGAUGUCCUUAUUAGGCAGCUUCCUGUCGGACGAGCAGUUCCAGUGCUCCAUCUGCCUCGAGGUCUUCACCAACCCGUCGUCGACACCGUGUGGCCACAGCUUCUGUAUGAACUGCAUCAGCAGAUACUGGGACACGGCCAAGGUGUGUCAGUGUCCUCUGUGUAAGAAAACCUUCCAGAAGCGUCCAGAUCUCCAGAUCAACAGGACACUGCGAGAGAUCACAGAGCAGUUCAGGUCCAUGAAGGGGGGAGGAGGAGGAGGAGUGGUGAGGGUGGAGAAGAAGAGAGGAGGAAGAGGAGGAGGAGAUGGAGCGGCACCUGACGAGUUAUUUCAUGAACUGAGGAAUAAACUUCCCCGAGCUUUGCCGACACCGUCAGCGCUGACGUUAAACUGCGACGGUGAGCCACAGGACAAUGACGCCGUCUCUUCAACGCUGGGUUCUUCGUUGCCAAACAGCAGUCCGCUCUCCGCUCUAAGCUCCGCCCUCUCGCCUCAUCACCCCGCCGCCCCGCCCUCGCGCUCCAGCAGCCGGCGAAGGUUCACAGUGAGCGGCGCGGCGAGCAGCCUGAGCCUCUCCGUCUGUGACGUUCACAACAGAGGCCUGAUGAUUUACUGUAGGACAGACAGAGUUUGUAUUUGUCCAGACUGUGAGCUCGAGCGUCACCAGGAUCACGACACGGUGUCUAUUGAAGACGAAUGGAGGGAAACAAAGUCACAGCUCAGUGCGUCGGAGCAGGAGAUCCAGGAGAUGAUCAGACAGAGGAUCAACAAGAUGGAGGAGAUCAGAACGUCAGUGAGUGAACUGGAGUCGGCGGUGGAGCGAGAGACGGCGGGAAGCGUCUGCCUCUUCUCCGCUCUGGUCUCCGCCGUGGAGCGAUCCCAGGCGGAGCUGAUGGAGGUGAUGGAGCUGAGCCGGCGAGCGGCCGCGCACCAGGCCGACGCCAUGAUCCGACAGCUGGAGCAGGAGGUGGAGGAGCUGCGGCGCAGAGAGAAGGCCCUCGCCAAACUCGCGCAGUCCGACGACCACGGUCACUGCGUCCAGACGUUCCCCAAGCUCUCCAGUCCUCCACCCGCCAAAAACUGGUCUGGAGUGUCGUUGAACUCUAACCUGGGAACAGGAAGCAUCUACAGGACGCUGGCAGCGCUGGUGGAGAAGUUCAACGACGAGCUGAGGAAUAUCGCAGAGAAAGGUUUUACCAGUUCAGCACUGGAGCCCAGUCCAGUUCCAACACAACCCAGGAUGAAGAGGGUGCAGGAAUAUGCAGUGGAUGUAACUCUGGACUGUCACACUGCACAUCCACGACUGAUUCUGUCGGAGGAUAUGAAGAGUGUGAAAUGUGGAGACAAACACCAGCUGCUUCCAGACAAUCCAGAGAGAUUUGACCGAGUGGUGUGUGUCCUGGGAAGACAGGCCAUGUCCUCUGGGAGACACUACUGGGAGGUGGAGGUCGGCGGGAAAACGGACUGGGAUCUGGGCGUGGCCAAGCAAUCCAUAAACAGGAAGGGGAAGAUUGAAGUAAAUCCGAUCAACGGAUACUGGUUCCUCAGCCUCAGAAACAAGAACAAAUACGCCAUUCGCACGGCGGCGUCCACAGACGUUCACCUGAACCUUCAACCUCAUAAGAUCGGGGUAUUUGUGGACUACGACAAAGGACAGGUUUCCUUCUACAACGUCGAUGCCAAAAUCCACAUCUACACGUUCAACGACACGUUCGGCGAGAGCAUCUUCCCGUUCUUCAGUCCGUGCACCAACAAGUCGGGAAAGAACGACGCGCCGCUCGUUAUCACGCCGGUGAACGUGACGGAGUGUAAGAAAGAAUGAUCAACGCACCGGAGUAAGAACAGAACGACAUUUUUUACCAUAUUUUAUUACAUCGCAGAACUUCAAAUGCACCGUAUGUGUAGUUAGCUUAGCAUAGCUUAGCAUAACGACUAGACGAGUCAGGAUUUUUUUGUUUUCGUUUAUUAUCUGUCAAUAAAGGCAAGGCCAUUUAUUUUAUUAUUAUUUUUAAUCAGUUUUUCCUUUUUUGUUGUCAUCUGUGAAAAUAAAUUAAAUCAUAACAUA